GCGAGAUGAACAUGUCCGUUUAGUUGCACUGUUCUCUGGGCUUUGAGGAUUAUGCCACUUUGUAACUUCAUGAUGACAUCGAUCACUAUGAGCCACAAGACGCUCGUGAUUGCCUUCAUGCUUCUUUCCAACCUCAACUGUGGGUCAGGACAGGAUGUCAAACUGUCAGUGAAUGUUCUAGAUGGCGAGGUCAUCGUCCUUUGGAAUAAACCGAGAAAUGCCACAUCAGACAUCCAGUACAAUGUACAACUAGCUAAGUAUGCUGGCGAAUGGGACACGGUCGGUGGCUGCACGGGGACCACAAAGACCUACUGUGACCUAAGUAGCCUCAUACACGACUACAGUAGCGCCUAUAAGGUCGCAGUUCAGACGGUAGACAGAAAAAACACAUCUGAGUGGACGGUGAAGAAAUUUCUACCAAAUGCAAGCAAACUGCAGCCUCCAUCCUUCACUUUAUAUGCCACAUCCAGCACUAUCACGGUCCACGUUCAUCAAAAACCUGUUCUGAGAAAGCUCUUCCCCUUUGGGGUGACGUACAUCAUGUACUUGGAGGAAAACGGUCACGAUGACAAGAAGACCAUAUCAUACCUGACAGAUGGCUUGGAUCAGCGGUCUAAAACUUUCACUUCACUCCGCUGGGGGGUUGAGUACUGCGUCAGCAUCAUGGUGGAGGGAAACGGCGCUCUAUCCACGAGCAAUUUCUCGCCAAAACAAUGCCUACGCCUUCCAGAACAAGAGUGGUUCAUAAUUGCUGUGUCAUCCCUGACCGCUUUGGCCAUGCUGGCUGUCGUGUCAGUUGCGGGAGUCGGCCUCCUUUAUCACCUGAAUCGUCCAGCGAAGACGCCGGAUGCACUGAAAUGCCUUGCACGUGACUGGCAGCCACUGACUGUAGGAGAGGGAACUAUGGAAGUGGUCAUCGACAAAGGCUGGUUCCUGUCCGGUCGCAGAACGGAAGUGAAAACUUUCAAAGAAAUGUCCAAAAACCCGGUCGCACUUCACAUUUUGGAGGAAGAGGCUAAAGCCAGCAAAGACAGGAGAACCAGCCUGGACAGCGGCGUGAGCCUGGGGUCCACUGAAGGGCCGAGGAGACAGGAGGACAGCGAUUGUGGAAGCAUGGGAGGGCCGGAGGGUUCCAGGCACAACGGGGUAGUUUAUCCCCAGCAGAAUGAUACUGGCAAGAGGAAGGAGGACAGCGGGGUGGGGCUCAGGUGUAAGUUGGAUUCCUCCUUCUUGACCACGACAGAAACGUUUGGGAGUUAUCACAGCCACAGCCCCGUCCUAAGGAAUCAUGUCGGGGACCAGGAGUCUAAACAGAUCCUCCCUUGUGUGGUUUUAGCCGAAGCGGGCUCCGGCUACAGGGCGGGACCUCAGUCGUGCAUCUGCUCUGGUGCUGCUCAGUGCACUUGGUGUCUCCGAGUGAUGGCCCAUGAGGCUGAAACGACACAAAAGCACAGAGGCCUGCUCAGCAAGGACUACUUUUUAGAUGGUACCAGAUGGAGUACAACAGCCAUGAGUGACUUGGAAACAAGAGAGGCUUUCCCAUUGCUAACCGCUCUGAGAGAAGGCAUGGACCACAAUAUGAACUCUGUGGCCAAAGUCUCGCUCUGUGACUUGCAGCUGAACACUGAGUGAUGAUUCACGAUGAAAAACAAUGACUGCCUUUAAAAAAUGGUUGCUGCUUUGUAAUUCAACUCCCUUUACUUUCAAAGUUUGUGAGUCAGGCAAGUGGAACAAAAAACAAUGUUUGUAGGAAACACGGCUUGUUGGUGGUGAACGUAAACAUUCAGUGUGCGGUGUGAUCGAAUGCCUCACGCCCGCCUAAGGGGAAGUGGGACGCAAGUGAGACUUUUGGGGGAAAUUAUUCACACAAACGGUGUGACAGUGCUUUGCUUUUUGACCUUUUCCAUCGUCCCACUUCUAAUGACUGUUUGAUUUUUACUAUUUAUUAUAUUUAACACUCUGUCAAUGUGUCUCGUUUUUCCUCAUUUUAAACAUAUAUCUUGUUUUACAAUCUGUAAACACAGUGAGUGCCGUUUCACACGUUAUACCAUUCGUUUGGUCAAGUGUGAACACGACCAUCCGAAACCUGAUGUGCAUCAAACAAGCAGACCGAGAGAUGGGUCUCAAGUCCGCUCCGUCGUGAACUUAAAUGUGAACGCGACACGGACCAGUGUUAAAAUGAGAGAAAAAAGCAUCCAUGGCUCUAUGCUCUCUUUCUCCGUGUCCGUGACAAUGGCACUUUUUAAAAGCAUAUUUUACCAGCAUUUUGUGAACUCUAAGAUCGUAAGUCUAAUCGGCGUGGCAGUGGCUCAGGAGGUAGAGCGGGUCAUCCAGAAACUGGAAGGCUGGCAGUUCGAUCCUCCCUCCCCCCCAGUCACUGUCGUUGUGUGUCUUCACCCGCCCACACAAAACUAACCUUCGGUUCAGCUCAGCAGAUGGCAUUUUGGUUUGGAAUAUUUCAAUUAUGUCACCUAAUAUGUCACGAAAGCUGCCCGAUCAUGUGCUUACUUGAUGAGUAUGUUCUUUUGUGAACACAAGUUUCAGUUCAUUAACUGAGAGAAAAUCAUUUCCUCUUUCGAGUUGGAACUGGUGUUUUAAAGAAGUAUUCA